AUUUCCGACAUCAACCUUCCUUCUCGUCCUCUCUCUCUCUCUCUCUCUCCUCUCUCUCCGAAUUCGGGUUUGACCGAGCCGACGGCCGGCGCCCACCGCGCCGACGACGACCAGCCGCCGAACGCCGCCCGUUUUCGGGGUUCUCGUUCCAUUUGGAGCGGCGAAGUCGAAGUGAAGCAAUUGGCAUUCGGUGAAAGCCAUGAAUUGGAUUCAACGUAAGAUCUACCUUUACAAUGUCACCUUCGGUCUCUUCAUGUUGGAUUGGUGGGAGCGCUAUUUGUUCAAUACUCUGGUAAUUGUCUUGAUGUGGUUCCUUAUUUACAACACUUCACGUUAUGUAACUACGUUCUGCAAAAGCAUAUAUGGUGAAGCGCAUCAAUUUGAGGGAGCAAAAUGGGCGUGGCAGUUUAAAAGAACUGAUCAACCCCAUAGGACGUGAUGGCUCCCUGUUUCAUACUUAGGCUUGGGAAGUGUGGAUGCUUCUCAUUCACAUAUCUAGCAAGAAUUUUGUAAUUGCGGUCUGAUCGACAAUGGUUUUAUUGAGUGGGGACCAAUUCCUGGCAUGUGAACUUUAAAUGAUCUGCAUUACCUGCAAGACAUUCUUACUGCUAGUCCCAAAUGCCUUGCCUUGUCCUUUCCUCAAGUACUGUAUUCAUUUUGUAUUUUUACCUUGACUAUUUUUGGUGUACCACUACUUUCAAACAAGCUUAGAACGUUGAAAUUUUGAAGGCUGUGCUGUCAAUUCACUUGAAAGCAAAAA